AUGGCAGACAUGGGUUAUGGAUUAACAAGAGAAACUGUAAUGCAUUUAGCCUUUGUUAUAGCUGAGAAGUUUAAUAAAAAACAUCCUUUUACUGGUGACUCGGCAGGUCGUUCAUGGUUUGAUGGUUUUCGAAAACGACAUCCUAUGCUAACAAUUCGUACACCUCAGCCACUAUCUCAUUGCAGAGCUUUAUCAGCUAAUCCAGAUGUUAUAAGAGAUUUCUUUGGAAAAUUAGGAGCAAUAUUUGGUCGGUUAAACCUUUCUAAGCCGAUGCAAAUUUACAACUGUGACGAAAGUGGCAUUUCUAUUGUUCAUCGUCCAGGCAGAGUUGUUACGAAAUUAGGUCGUCGUACAGUAUAUUCUCUUACGUCAGCAGAGAAGGGAAGGACACAUACUGUUGUUGCUUGUGUGUCUGCAACUGGCUUCGUAUUACCACCAUUAAUGGUCUAUCCUCGUAAGAGACCCGUACCUGACAAUUUUAAAGAGGGAGCCGUACCUAACACUUCAUUUCACACUAGUGAGAAUGGGUGGAUAAAUUCUAACAUAUUUUUGGAAUGGUUAAAGUUUUUCGUUGCAAAUAUCCCUCCUACAAGACCAGUUUUGCUCAUUCAGGACGGUCACAUUUCUCAUGUAUUGAUUGAAGCCAUUGAAUUUGCCCGUGCAAAUCAUAUUCAUCUCCUUUGCUUGCCUUCACACACGACCCACAUCUUGCAACCUCUUGAUGUGGGUGUGUUCAAGUCCUUUAAAGCUAAUUUUAAUAAGGCUUGUUCAAACUAUAUGGCAAAAUAUCCAGGCAGAGUGGUGACAAAUGAUAAGUUAGCUGCAUUGGUUGCUGAUGCAUGGCCUCAUUCAUUUACGACACUUAACAUAUUGAGUGGUUUCAAGAAAUGUGGUCUUUUUCCAUUUAAUCCGAGUGCUGUAGAUGAUAGACGCUUGGCUCCAUCAAAGCCUUUUUGUGUGCCACAAGAAAGCACUGAAGAUGACAACGAAUCACUUCCAAGUAGUCCUAUUUUUACAGAAGAACAGGAAAAGCUAUAUACAAAAAGAUUUGAGGAAGGAUUUGACAUUAGGGAUCCUAAUUAUGAGGCAUGGAUAAGGAUCAACCAUCCUUUUAAGUCAUUAUCAGUUACUUCAGGUGAUUCAAUAAGCAAUAUUUCUGCACCACUUUCGUCAACCUCAGCUCCAACUCCAUCUCUUUCUGUGCCACUUUUGUCUAUGGAAGUGCCAAUCAUGUCUGCCUCAACACCUGUGUUAUCUACCUCUGCAUCACUUUUAUCUAUCUCUAAUAGUUCUAAUUCUGCAGAGUCAGCUCUUGACAAAAUUCUUGUUCUUCCUGAAGCUUCAAUGAAGAAGCCUAAAAGAAGAGGCAUUAACAGUAAAACGGUUUAUCUAAAUGAUGUUUUAGAAGAAAUGAAACAGCAGAAACAUGAAAAAGAAGUUCAAGCUGCUGAGCGAGAGGAAAGUCAAAAUUUUACUCCUUUAAGAUAUCAGUUCAUUUAUAGCCUAACAGCUAUUGCUUACUCCCAGCGUUAA